UCGGAAGAGAUGACUUCUAAGAGAAUGGCUUCAAGUAUCGAACUAGACGCAUUAUCCAAUCUACCAGAUGUACUUCUGAUUAUGAUCAUCUCUUGUUUGUCGUUUAAGGAAUGUUUAAGGACCAGUUUACUCUCUAAGAGGUGGAGGUAUCUCUGUCGUGAGACAAGACACAUUUCUUUCAAGGAAUCCGAGUAUGUGGACCGCUCUGUCCCCGACAGAAGAUCUAAAAGGAUUUCGUUUGUUAACUACAUGUGUCAAUGGGUCUCUCGAUAUCACGGUUACUGCCUGGAAACCUUCGAGAUUAAGUUCUCUAUUCCAUGGGGAUUUACGGCAGAGAUGGAGUCCCUGAUCGAAUUCGCAGUCGCAAGAAAAGUCAAGAACCUAGUUCUUGAUUUCACAGACUUUUAUUGGUCAGUCACUAAAGAUGCGUCGAGGUUUUACGAGGUUUAUGUGCAUUUACCAGCAAGCGUUUACAAUUCAAGAACCCUCGAAUCGCUGAAGAUAUAUUCGUGCGGGUUUGACCCCUCGAAGCUCACAAACUCUGGAUCGCUUAGAAAGCUCUCUAUAGGUUGGAUCGAACUCACAGGGGACGAGUCUUUGAUAUCAACCUCUCCUACGCUCAAGAGUCUAAGUUUUAGUUAUUGUUGGGGUGCUGAUAUCAACAACAUAGCCGGAGAUAUCAAGGAAUUUGAAUUUGAGAACUGUGAAGUCUCUCUUUACAUGGCUUGUUCCUUUGAUCUGCCUAAUGUAGAGAUAUUCAAGUACUCAGGCCAACUGCUUGCUUUUGAUGUCAAGAAAAUGAAUAAGUUCAAAGAAGUUUAUUUAGAUUUUGAGGCAGAGGGCGACUACGAAGUACCCAAUCAAAGAACCAAAUUAGAAGGAACUAUGCUUUCUGGCUUCCUUAACAGUCUUGGAGGUGCGAGGACCUUAAGUGUAUGCCCUUUUCUCCUUCAGGCUAUCCAAGAAUGUGAUGAUCCGUCUUCUUUACUUCGUCCUAUGAAAACACAACAUUUGGUGCUGAGAACGAGGUUGCAUGUCAUGGAGUUUAAAGGAAUUACGCUCCUCCUCAAUAAUUGCCCUAACCUGGAAACGUUAACUUUGGAUAUCUUCACUCGAAGCUUUUUCUCGUACGCUAAAUCAUAUUGUGGCGUCGGUCCACGUUCAUAUUGGAAAAAAAGUCUUACCUACAAGAAUCUUCCUAAGACACUUAAGGUCGUGGUCGUGAGGAACUUCAGUGGUUGCUUUGGAGAGCUAAAUGUUUUGAAGAUUUUGAUUCAGUUGGGAAGUGGGCGUUGUCCCGGUCGUGCGCAUGGGCCAUUACUAGAAAGAGUGGAGCUUUACGUGCGUAGUGAUAUGGCGGACUGUAAGAGGAUGGAGGCACAUGAUGGGGCCGAGAUGUUACAGAGUAUUUCAGGGGAUGUGCAGGUUCUUGUACACGAUCCUUGAAGAGUUGCAGAGCUAUCUAUGAUCAAGACUUCUCAGUGGUAGUGGUUUGUUUAUUUGUCCCAUUUAAUGAUGCUGUUCUCUGUUUGUUUGAUUUUCCCAAAAAUUUGAACUUCUCAGUUAAAGCUUUUGAUUUUAU